AUGAUAAAGAUUUCACCCCCCUCCCUCAUUCCAUACACUUACCUGGUCCUGGGAGCUCCUCUCUCUUUCCUCCCGCAAGGCCGUCUGCAAAGAGCACUGGGAGGAACUGUCGUUAUCGCAUAUGAUCUCACUUCCUCGCAGCACUGGGAGGAGAGGGAGGGCUGCCACUCGCACAUCUCUACCGGUGGGCAGCAAAUGGGGGCCCGCGGCGCUGGCAUUGUGGGGAAGCCAGCAGAUCAUCUCUUGACUAAUAUGGGGCCCAGCUCAUUCCGGGACAUUACAUUGUCCCGGAAUGAAGGUGCCCGGGACCCCGGACAGACCCACAAAAUGCAGGAUUGUCCUAGGCGAUCCGGGACAUGUGGGCACCCAAUAACACAAGUGAUAUGA